CACCCCCGGACAGGACAGAGGUCCUCCAACAUGAACGUACCCCAAGCAUGGACCGGCCUCCUCCUCUUCCUCACUGCGAGUCUCUGUGCCCAGACCACCGAUGGCCAAGCAGCCCCACCCCUGGCACUCAGGAAGCCUUUCUUUGAGAGGCUCAGACGCCUAGAUGAACAGUUCAGAAGGUUCCAGGAGAUGACCCUCACUCAGCUCCAGGGCAUCGCGGAGAACUACAACAUCUCCUACAACAUCGACGCCCGCUUCCAGCAGCUGGCCGAGCAGCAGCAGAACCUCUCCGACUCCCUGGCGGCCUUCCAGGCCUCCGCCGCCAGCGACCUGGGCAGCCUGAAGCUGUGGACCAAGAAGCUGCAGAAGAAAACCGAGAGGCUGGACCUGAAGGUGAGCGAGCUGGAGCAGACCCUGGAGGAGAGCUCCAGACGCGCGCCCAGUCCGGGGGAGAGUCCCGAGGAGCAGGGGGCGAGGAUCUCCAACGUCACGCAGGAGCUCCAGGAGCACAGGGCCCGCCUCGAUGUCAUCACAGCCGACCGGGACGAGGUUCGAGGGGGUCUGCGGGAGCUGAGGGAGUCUUUAGGGAGGCAGGAGUCCAGGAUGGUGCAGCUGGAGGAGCAGGUGAGGAGCACUCUGCAGCAGGGCCGCGCCUCUCUCCCCGGGCCUCGUGAGGACGAAAUCGAGUCCAACUUGACCCCCCAGGACCUGGGCCCCAGGGCCAUGGCGACAGGGCGGGGGCACGGGAGCCCCAAGUUCAGUGCCAAGCUCCAACUGAAACACUCCAAGGGGAUGAAGGCAAAAGAGGGCCUGAGGGUGCACCAUGAGCCCCCCCAAAAGGAGACCGAGCCCCAGCCCCUCCCCUACCCCCAGGAGGAACCAUUAGAGCUGUGGGAUCAGCCGCAGCCCGAUUCCCAAAAAGAACCAACAGACAUAUGGGACUCACCCCAGCCCCGCCCACAAGAGCAACCAAUAGAAAUUUGGGAACAGUCACUGCCCCACCCCCAAUCGGAACCAAAGGAAAUCUGGGAGGAGUCACAGCUCCGCCCACACGAGGAAUCAGUAGAAAUUUGGGAGCAGUCACAGCCCCGCCAACAAGAGGAACCAAUGAACGUUUGGGAGCAGUCACAGCCCCGCCCACAAGAGGAACCAAUGGAAAUUUGGGAGCAGUCACAGCCCCGCCCACAAGAGGAACCAACGGAGUGGGAAAUGCCCCACCAGCAGGAGGAGCUGAGAGACGUGCUGGAUUUACCUCAGCUUCCGCUGAGACACAAGAUCCCUCAACAUCCACAUGUGACCAAGAACACAGGCACGACCUGCAACGUGAAAUCUUCCCUGACCUUCCCCUCCGCCUCCACCCACAACUACGUCACCUUCAAGAAGGGGUUUGCCACCGGCGUUCACGAGUUGUCCGUCUGCACCUGGCUGAGGGUGGGAGCGGGGGCGGGGUACAUCGGCACGCUCCUGUCCUACGCUACCGAGGACAACGACAACAAGCUGGUGCUCUACGGACGCAACUCCACCCGCCGGGGGAGCCUGGAUUUCGUGAUCGGCGACCCGGUGUACCGCGAGCUUCCCGUAGAGGGCAUGCUGGACGGGAACUGGCAUCACCUGUGCGUGGUGUGGUCGUCCAUCGAGGGCCGGUUCUGGCACUACACCGACCGGCGGCUGACGUCGACGGGCUCCCGGUUCAGGAAGGGCUACGAGAUCCCAGCAGGAGGCGCCGUGGUGCUGGGGCAGGAGCAGGACGCGGUGGGCGGGGGGUUCGACGAGGCGGAGGCUUUCGUGGGCUCGCUCGCCGGCUUUGCUGCGUGGGACAGGGCGCUGAGUCCCGGCGAGGUUUCGGAGGUGGCCACAGGGAGGGGCCUGCCCAGGGGGGCCGUCCUCACGCUGGACGACAUCCGCCAGCCCAAUGGCGACGUGCGGCUCGUACGCUGCGACUGCUUGGAGCAAUGCCCCUGACUCUGAACAAUCUGUACACAGCUGAAAAGGCCUAGUUGGGUGAUGCCAGUGCAUGCUGUGUGUAUGUGUGUGUGUGUGUGUCUGUGUGUGUGCUUGUGCCUGUGCGUAUGUGUGUGUGUGUGUGUGUGUCUGUGUGUGUGUCUGUGCGUAUGUGUGUGUGUGAGUAUGUGUGUGUUUGCUUGCAUGUGUGUGGUCUUAACCUUACUAAAAUUUGGACCACAGGGAACUGGGAGAAUUUUGCCUUGCUCCAGUCAUUGUCAGUUCAAAUUUCCCAUUCUCAUAUGACCAACAUGCCAAAGAAGAGCUAGCAGGUUAACAAAAACUACUGAAUCCAGGAAAGACCUUUUAUUUGUGAUACAGUUUUUUGUGUGCUGAAAAUGUCCCACGUGUGAAUGUCUGUGGAUGAUGAUGUUGAGUUGCUUUUUCUCACUGAAAAUAUUUGUAAAAGGAGUCCUUAAACAUGUCUUUAUAUUAAACUUACUUGUAUUAAGAUUACUGGUCUUGUAUCAAAAAUGCAUAUUCCCUCGAUUUCUUCUUCUGUUACUCUGUCAAAAAGAUCUUCACCCAUUAACAAAGUAUUUUUUAAAGCAAUACAAUGCUGCUACUUAAUAUCAUGUUCCUUUAAAGAACAUGAAAUCCCCAUGUUUGAAAGAAAGACUUAUAUAUUGAUAACAUUUUAUUUCCUAGUUUGCUGUUACUGUAUAAAAAAAAACCUUUUUCAUGAAAAAUACAGCUUACAUGUACGAUUAACUAUAGGAAAAGCUUUUGUGAGGGAUGCAGAUUUUCAUUCAUUCAUAUGGGUAGUGAUGUUGAAAUGAAAAAUAAACAUAU